GUCAUUCCCGCCCCAUUUAUAACUUCGGGGGUAGAUAUUGUUGGGGACGAUCUCCACGGCAUGGAUGGACGCGGUCGAGGGGUCACAGACUGGUCGAGUACGCACGCGAUAUUCGUCACUGCGUGGGAGCAUCGACGAGACUACAUCGUACGAGGAGUGGCGGAGCACAGUCCGAUGCGUCCAGAUGACCCAUACUUCACUUGGUAUAGGUCUAUCACACUCCGCUUCGUCGACAGGACCGCAGCUGUAUAUUUGAGCCUCGCUGACAUAGUCAUUGAGGCAGAGCAGAUCUCGUCGGAUCCUGCGAUCCACCGAUUGAUGCGUGCUGCACUGGACCUCGUCCACGAGGAUGGUCGACGGAUCCCAGAACGAGGAGGUCGACCUGAUGUACCAGCACGAGGAGGUCGACCAGCUCCAGUACGAGGAGGACGACAUGCUUCCUCUAGUCGUCCAGGGACUCCCAUGUCCGAGUACUUAUUUGGCCCGUCAGCGCCUUAUGCGCCUUCCAAUGCAGCUCAUAUUGCCGGACCAUCGAGCAGACCGACUGAUGCCCCAUCCGACUCUGCUGCUACCCCAUCCAUGUCAUUUUUAUUGGACGAUCUUUUCGAUGGGGUCGAGGUCGAUGCACCCCCUAGGCCGCCUCGUUCUCGUCCCGAGACAUCUUAUCAUUUCUCACCGCGUGCGCUACACAUGGCUGAUGAUGAUGAUGCAGCACCUUUUGGGGGAGAGGAUUCACAUCCAGCACGACGGGCCAGGACACCUGAUGAUGUUGACGAGCAGGGAGAGGGUAGAUGCAGACGGCAGCCACCACGACCCCGGAGACGACCUCGCUGCGGCACGGAGUAGUUUAGCAUUACUUUAAUUGCAUUUUAUUUGUAUGUAUAUCAUUGAUUGUUUUGAUUUCAUUUGUAUAUAAUUGAUUAUUUUUUUCUUUCUUUUGUAUAUAUCAUUUAAUAAUUCGUAUCUCUAAAGAAUUCAAUACUGCCAAAUCUAAAAAAUGACACAUAAUUCGUAUCGUCUAAA